AGAGAAAAGGGCAGGAUCAGAUCAGUAUUAGAGGCUUAAAAACAUCCCUGGUUCCUGGGCUCUUGACUCCUCCUCAAUUCCUCUCAUUCCUGUUGUGUCAGUGUUUCAUUCUGCACCGGUGCUCCUAAUGGACACAGUCGUGUUCAGAGACAGUCUACCUUACAGAAAACGAAAAAGACAAACACCUGCAAAAACCUCAGGAGCACCAUGGAGCAUAGCCAGGAGCCUGAGGUGAGAUUAAAGCUGAUAAAUAUGGCUGGCUCCAAAGCACAACCUCCGGUCAAAUCACAAACAAGAGAACAGUGGUCCACCAAGAUGGAGUUCUUCCUGGCUGUUGCGGGACACAUUAUUGGUUUGGGAAAUGUUUGGAGGUUUCCUUAUCUUUGUUACAAGAACGGUGGUGGAGCUUUCUUUGUGCCUUACAUACUGUUCCUGAUUUCCUGUGGUAUACCUCUUUUCUUCUUGGAGACAUCAUUGGGCCAGUACACUAGCCAGGGUGGAAUCACCUGCUGGAGAAAAAUUUGUCCUCUGUUUGAAGGGCUGGGCUAUGGGAGCCAGGUCGUGGUCCUGUACACUGGAGUUUACUACAUCAUUAUCCUGGCCUGGGCAUUUCUUUACCUCUUCUUCUCCUUCAGAUCAGAACUGCCAUGGGCUACCUGCAAGAACAGCUGGAACACAGAGUACUGCAUUGAAUCUAGCAGGAACAACACUACUGAACAUAUUCCAGAAAAAAUUACAUCCCCAGUUAUGGAAUUCUGGGAGAGAAGGAUUCUGGGUUUGUCUGGUGGGAUUGAAGAGAUUGGUAAUAUAAGGUGGGAGCUGGCACUGUGUCUUCUUCUGGCCUGGACUGUCUGCUAUUUCUGUAUCUGGAAAGGAGUAAAAACUACAGGCAAGGUGGUUUAUUUCACUGCUACCUUUCCUUACAUUAUGCUGGUGGUGCUGCUGGUGCGUGGACUCACGCUGCCUGGAGCAAUGAUUGGUAUCACAUUCUACCUCUACCCUGAUCCUUCUCGUCUCACAGACCCGCAGGUGUGGAUGGAUGCAGGUAGCCAGGUAUUUUACUCCUAUGGAGUUUGCACAGGGACUCUGACAGCUUUAGGGAGCUACAAUAAAUACAACAACAACUGUUACAGAGACACUGUGUACUUGUGCCUGCUAAACAGUAUGACCAGCUUUGUGGCUGGAUUUGCCAUAUUUUCCGUGCUGGGCUUCAUGGCAAAUGAACAAGGAAUGGACAUUUCUAUGGUGGCAGAGUCAGGUCCUGGUCUGGCAUUCAUUGCGUACCCUCGUGCAGUUGCUUUAAUGCCUGUACCUCAGUUAUGGGCUGUUUUCUUUUUCAUUAUGAUUCUUUUCUUGGGACUGGAUAGUGAGUUUGUAUAUCAUGAAGCCCUGAUGACAGCAAUUUCAGACAUGUACCCGUCAUUAUUCCGAGUUGGAAACCGGCGGAAAAUCUUACUCCUGGUCAUAUGUGCCUGUAGCUGCCUUGUGGGCUUGCUGAUGGUAACAGAGGGCGGGCUGUAUGUCUUCCAGUUGUUUGACUAUUAUGCAUGCAGUGGAAUGACUCUCUUGGCUUUCGCAAUUCUUCAGUCCAUCUGUGUUGGAUGGGUUUAUGGUGCAGACCGUCUGUACGACAACAUUGAGGACAUGAUUGGUUAUCGUCCCUGUGCUCACAUGAAGUUGUGCUGGAAAUAUGUGACUCCUGUUGUUUGCAUAGGUACAUUUGUUUUCUCCUUGAUUAAAUACACUCCUCUGAAGCUGAAUAACUAUGAGUACCCCUGGUGGGGCUAUGCUAUUGGAGGCUUCCUUACACUGUCCUCCACUAUGUUGGUUCCUUUUUGGAUGGUGUAUGCAGUUUGGACCACACCUGGGUCACUACGUGAGAGAAUGAAAACCCUGUGCACCCCUGCUCAAGACCUACCGAAGCUAAGAUCAGCAACCAAGGUCCUCGCCUCCUGCACAUUUGAGUCUUUUACAGAUCUGCAGACACUGCGCAGCAAUCAACAGGAUUCUUUCGUUGCAGUAUGACCUCUUUGCACACAGCCAAGUUUGAAUAGAACAGAGAAGAAAAUGUCAUUGGUGACAGCUAUAUGUUAUUCAUCAAUACCCUAUAUGUAAGUUUAAUGAAUAAGUACUAAUUGGUAGGGCAUUUAAGGAUAAUUUGUGGUGCACGGAUUUGUGUUGUAGAUUUGUUAAGAUUUUUUGACUCAUUGUAUUUUCAUGUAAAUAAUGAACUUAUAGUAGGAACGAUUUUUUGCAGAUUUAUGUGUUUAUUCUUAAUAGAUUGAAUACAUAAUGUGUGUAAAAUUGAAAUUACUAUAUAUAAUAAGACUACCAUAUCAACACUAAAUAACCAUAUGCAAAGUCCACGUAACACUGGUUUACCAAGGGAAGGGGUUAGGUAUGUUCAACAGGGUUUCCAGUUUGCAUAUUCAUAAAAUCUGGUAAAAGGGUAUGCAUGCUUCUGUGCCUUUAGCUGUUGUCUAAUGCCUUGUAUGUGGAGCUGCAUAAAGCAAUACAUAAAGCAAUAUUUAAUAUAAAAGAGUAUAAAACAGUAUAAUGACAUUUUUUUUUUAGGUUGAAGGACUUUUUAGCUGAUUUAGAAAACCAUUUUACUUGGUGCCACAAAGAACCAUUUUAGGUUUCACAAAGAACUCUCUAAACUUCAAACUCUUGCUUACAAUUACACAGUUGAAAGUACUUUUAACUAUUGCUAGUAACCAUUUGUAGAUGAAAACAACAUUGUUCGCAAUUCCAAAACUAAAAUGUUUACAUUAAGUUAAAAGUUACAUUUUUAGUUUAAUAAAAAAAAAAUAUUGACCAAAAUGUAACCAAACUAGCUGGCAUGGAAGAGUAGAUUACUUGCAUAUGUUGCCAGGAUCUAUAAUGUGCCACUGUGGGCUGGACCAAGGAAAACUUGCUCCAUUAAAUUUGGUCAUUGGCAAAUAGUUGAUUCUUACUGAACAGCUCAGGAAUGAACUAAAUCAUCAGUUGAGGCUUUCUUGACCAAUAUCAGUUCCCAGUCAUACAAAUGCUCUUUUGACUGAAUGGGCACUAAUUCCCACUGAAGCCUUUUCAGAAGAGUGGCUCUUGUUAUGGCUAAAAUAUCACAUAGAGGUCAGUCUAUUUUAAUACCAUUUGUCUUUGAAAUUGAAUGUCAAACCACCUUGAGGUCCAGUGUCCAAAUACUUUUGACCAUUUAGACAUCUGUCUAUGUCUGCGCUGUCUACAGUCAGUCCACAUCGGGCCCAGUGAAUGACUGACCUCCUGAAUGUUUGCAGGCCCAAAUGUGAAUUUGUAUGGAAUUUUUACAAGCCCUUACUGCCCAGAGUUAUGUCAUACUGAGCCAAUAAGAACAUGUUAAGCUAUUUUGGUAUCUACUUUGCAUCACAUGAAUGGCUGGUUCAUGGUAUUUAUACACUGCUAGCUCUGAGUAAACAUUACAUUGAAAUUUAACUUCAGUGUGAUUUUAAAAUAAAAUGAAUCGGUGUAACAUUUAAACCUUUACAUUUAGAGCACCAGUAUAAACUUUACACAUGAUAAAGAGCUUCUAAAACUACUUAUAAAUAAUCACUCAGGGACAUUUGUUUUUAAGAGUGCAGUAACUGCUGUUUGGUUUGUAUGGUCUGUUUCCUUUGAUUAAAUAGGAUUGCUAGUUGAUAAGCUAACUAGCUGAUGUGCAAUUACUUAACAGGGCUGUCCUGUAUGAAUGGAGUAAUUAGAUGUAUAAGAGCCAAAACUAAUGUAAAAAGAAAAGCAAAAUUUGAUUUAUUGGAACAGCCUUGGUCUUUUUACAUCUUUUCAAUGAAAAGUGUGCUGUUUCCUUGAUAAAGGAAUUAGCUUUUGUUAUAAGUUCCUGAUUAAUACAGUUCAAUACGUUCUGUCAGGAGAAAUAGUUCCACCUGCUGGACAAAAUACAUUGCUGACAGUAUCCAAUUAUUUUUAUAUGUAAAUUCACGUCAGAAAGUUGUGCAAUAUGCAAUAUUCAUACAGUAAAUGUCAGAUGAAUAUGUAUAUGUUUAUAUGUUUUAGAAUAAACAUUGUAUUGUUGAAGUUAUAA